GUUCUCUCUCCAUGUCCAUGGCAUCACCCACACUCUCUCUCCUCUCCUCUCCGUUACUCUCACUCUGUCUAUCGGCCUUUUUGGAUUUCUUCUAUAACGAUUAUCAGAGAUCGGAGAGGAGGAAUUUCGUUCACGACCUCGGGUUCAUUACCAGGAUUCGACACUGAUUUCGUAAACAACCUCUAUUGAACUUACUGGGAGUAAAACUUUUUCUUGGCUGAUCAACUUCAUUUCUUAAAUUUUAAUUUGCAGAUGGCAGAGUUGGUGGCUGAGAAGCAUGCCAAUUAUAUUGUAUCAGUUGAAAAGAAAAAAGGGUCAUUUGAAUCUGUGGUGAUUGAGCAUUUGAGAAUGAAUGGAGCAUAUUGGGGCCUCACCACUCUUGACUUAUUGGAAAAGCUUCAUGUUGUAGACGUUGAUCAGAUUGUUUCAUGGCUCAUAAGCUGUCAACACGAGUCAGGUGGUUUUGGUGGUAACAUUGGGCAUGAUCCACAUGUAAUGUAUACUCUAAGUGCUGUGCAAGUUUUAGCCCUCUUUGACAAGCUUGAUGUUCUAGACAUCGGAAAGGUGUCAAAUUAUGUUGCUGGGCUGCAAAAUGAAGAUGGAUCAUUUUCCGGGGAUGAAUGGGGUGAAGUUGAUACAAGAUUCUCCUAUAUUGCAAUAUGUUGUCUCGCAUUGCUGCAUCAGUUGAAUAAAAUUAAUGUUGAGAAGGCUGUGAAGUAUAUCGUUAGUUGCAAAAACCUGGAUGGUGGAUUUGGAUGUACACCUGGUGGAGAGUCUCAUGCUGGGCAAAUUUUCUGUUGUGUGGGAGCUCUUGCUAUUACGGGGUCUCUGCAUCAUAUCGACAAAGACCUUCUAGGGUGGUGGUUGUGUGAGCGGCAAGUCAAAUCUGGAGGUCUUAAUGGGCGUCCAGAGAAACUUCCAGAUGUCUGCUAUUCGUGGUGGGUUCUUUCUAGCCUGAUCAUGAUUGACAGAGUACAUUGGAUCAAUAAGGAAAAACUUGUGAAGUUCAUCUUGGACUGCCAGGACGUUGAAAAUGGAGGAAUUUCAGAUAGACCAGAUGAUGCAGUUGAUGUUUACCACACAUACUUUGGUGUAGCUGGACUGUCACUUCUUGAAUAUCCAGGAUUGAAAGCCAUAGAUCCAGCCUAUGCUUUGCCAGUUGAUGUUGUAAAUAGAAUUUUCUUGGGCAAAUAAUGAUCUUCAAGAACAACUUAGACUCUAAUUAUAACUGAACUCAUUGUUUUUUGUUUUACAGGAAAUAAAGAAAAAACAUACUUUUAUGUUACAAAGUAUAAAAUAUUUUGUCAAGGAUGAUGUUGUAGACAUUGUUUUCAAUCAAAAGCAAAGUCAUGGUCAAUGUGAAUUUUAUUUGA